UCGUUAAUUUCGAUGACUUUGCCCAGAGGUAUAUACAAAGAUCGGAAACUUAUUCUUUAAUUAGAUGACAAAAAUAUCUAAGUGAUAUCUUUGAGAGAAAAUACGUGUACCUACUUUAUGACGAAAGCAUAUAUAUUAACCCAACCACAUUCCAAAGUAGCCCAAAAAGUCGCAAGUCGCAGACGUCAAAAUUUAGUAGCGCAGCACAUCAGAAAGUAGCCCAAUUUGCGAUUAGUAGCCCAAUCUGGCAACACUGCUGUAGACCGUGUAUUUAAGGAGGUUAUGGGGCUCGUGAAGGAGGAGUGUUCACGCGUUAAAGACGAGGUGUUAAGUGAAGUGUUCACCAAGGAUCAGGUGAAGGGAGAGGUGGAAAAAGCGGCCAGUGAACUGAGGAGAUAUGUGGAUGAGGUUGUGGCGGCACAGGCGCCUCCUGUACUCUCUCAGCAUAAAGGCACGCUGUUCCGGUCAAGUGGGCGUGCUAGUGAGACUGAGGGGGGGAGUGACGAAGAGGAGGAGGAUAAUAGUUGUCACGGAAGCCUAAACAGCCUUUCUCCAUUGGCCAAGGUGAUACCAUCUCCCCUACGCUCUCCUGUAAACGUCUUAUCACCUCCACCAUCCCCGCUAGCCUCAGUAAAGUCGUACCCCUCUGCUGCCAGCUCCACGUCACGGAGGCUGAAGGACGGGACGAGGCGCCGGCCACAGGAGUUCGAUGGAACAGUGUCUUGGGAAGCGUAUAAGACACAGUUUGAGCUCUUGGCCAGCGCCCGCCAGUGGAGUCGCCCUGAGAUGGCCAUGCAGCUGGUGUGGGCACUCAAAGGACCGGCAUUAGAAGUCCUGAACCAGCUGCCAGCUGCCCAGCGGUGCUCGUAUAGUAAAGUGACGGCGACACUGGAGAGGAGGUACGGGUACCAGCACCAAACCGAGGUGUUCAGGACAAGGUUCCGGGCCAGGCUACGAGGCCCGGGGGAGACCCUGACACGCCUGGCGCAGGAUUUGGAGGUGCUGGUGCGGCGUGCGUACCCGGAGGCCAGUGAGGAGAUGAUCACCAUUCUCCUGCGGGAUCAGUUCGUUGAUGCCAUCGAUAACCAACAACUGAGGAUAUACGUCCAGCAGGCACACCCCAAGGACCUUCAGGAGGCCCUGGCGAGGGGCCUGGAGAUGGAGUCAUUUCUCCGGACGACGCGGGAGCGACCCAGCGGGAAUUAUGUCCCGCAGAGAGUAAAGGCAAAGAAAGGGGCCGUGCGGAAGGCCUACUCUAGCCCUUCACCGCCCCUAGGUGAGUUCAGGGGUAAGUGCUACUCUUGCGGGCAGCCGGGGCACACCAAGAGGUACUGCCCGCAGGGAUCGAGUAGCGGAAGGGCUGUCAACGGCAGAGCAGGGCAGUACCAGUACAAACCCUGUUGUUGGAACUGCGGUCAGGGGCACAAGACGGCAGAGUGUGCCCUCGUCUCUCCCAGGGAUAGCAAGGAGGCUGGGGGAAACGGAAAGAGGCUGGUGGAAGGGGUCGAGCGCCAGCCAGAGAGCCAGAGACCCCAGUCCGCCUAAGUUGCCGCGCCGAGGGUGCCCGGACAGUGCAGGUGGGCGGGCAAGUGGAUGGCAAAUCUUGCUGCCUCACUGUGGACUCGGGCGCGGAACGUACCUUCGUGCAGGACGGGGUGGUGGCAACUGGACAGCCGCCGGUGGCCCAGCAACAACUGUGUGUUAUUACAGGGCACUGCACACAGCUGAGGGGACCAGUGCAUGCCAGGAUUGCGGUUGGCAGCACGGAGGAGCAUCUUCCCGUCUUUGUAGCGGACGUCGGGGAGAACUUGCUCGGCCUAGACUACCUGAAGCAGAGCAGGGCGGUGCUGGACUUCGGGGAAAUGACUAUGUCGGUCAGAGGUAGUGUGGUGCCGCUACAGGAGGGCGGUGUUGACGCAGAGGAGUGUGAAGCUUCAAUUGAAACUCACCGAGCCCAUACUGCGUCCCUACCCGAAGCUAGCCACCGCUGCCGUCUCAGUAAGGAACAGAAGGAGGAAAGUCAAGGGUCGGAAGAGUGUGAAGGUGUACAGACGACUAUGGACCCGGAAGGUCAUUGCGAGGACAUGCAGGGGAGUAGCACUGGGGUUCCACCUCAUCUGCAGGAUCUAUUGCAGAGGAGUUCGGCAUGCCUGUCUGGGGAACAGGUGGACGAAGU